GUUAUAGGCCAAAAAGAAUAAGGUGAGAGAGAGAAUGAAAAACAAAGAGAAAGCAUUCUCUUUUCUCUAAACAAACAAGAGGGUCAAAAAAGUCAUCCCCACCCUCCACCACCAGCACCACCACAGAUGACACCAUGACACCGGACCAACAACAACCACCACCACCGUCAAAACCCGUCAGAAAACUAGUCAUCGAGGUAGCCGACGCACGCGACCUUCUCCCAAAAGACGGAUUAGGCAGCUCAAGCGCCUACGUAGUUGCAGAUUUCGACGGCCAGAAGAAAAGAACAUCCACAAUUUCCAGAAGCCUGAAUCCAGUAUGGAACGAGACUCUAGAAUUCAUAGUCUCUGAUCCGAGUACAAUGGAAUACGAAGAGCUGGAAAUCGAAGUGUUUAAUGAUAAACGGAUGAGUAACGGCAGUGCUAGAAAGAAUCAUUUUCUUGGGCGAGUGAAGCUGUACGGUACCCAGUUUGCAAAGAGAGAAAAUGCGGGUUUGAUCUAUUUUCAGCUGGAGAAGAAGAGUGUUUUUAGCUGGAUUCGUGGCGAGAUUGGGUUAAGGAUUUAUUAUUAUGAUGAUUUUGUUGAAAUCAACUCCGAUCAAGUUCACGAAAAUGCUCCACCACCGGAGUCUAUCCAACAACCGCAGCAGCAGAUGGAGGAGAGGAAGGUGGAUGAGGUAAGAGUUAUAGAGAAUCAAAAUCCGAAUCCGAAUCCAACCGAAAUUCCAAUUCCAAUUCCGGUUCAAGUUCCUGUCCAUGUUCAAAGUCAAGGUCAGGGUUCUAUUCCACAGGAUAAUUUACCUCCACCACCAAUUGGAGGAGAGCAAGAUCCAGUAGAGAUGGAAAAUCAUUAUCAUACUCAUAAUCAUCAGAACCCAAAUCAACAUCAGGGGAUUCCGCCUCCUGAAUAUCCACAAGAGAUGAGGAGAAUGCAGGGCAGAGUUGGAGUAGGUAGUGAAAGAGUAAGGGUGUUGAAACAACGCCCUGGAGAGUACUCUCCUAGAGUAAUACCGAGAAGGUCUACAAACGCCGAGUUAGGUUCCGAAAGAAUCCCGGCCUAUGAUUUAGUAGAGCCGAUGCAAUAUUUAUUUGUUAGAAUCGUCAAAGCGAGAGGACUCGCACACAACGAGAGUCCGUAUGUAAGAAUUGGUAACUCCGUCCGGUCUAAACCGGGGAUUCCGAAGCCAGGAGAGCCAUCGUCGAAUCCAGAAUGGCACCAGGUGUUUGCUCUGGCGUACAACAAACCUGAAUCUGGGAACUCAUCAACAUUAGAGAUCUCUGUAUGGGACGCGCAGUCGGAGAAUUUUCUCGGGGGUGUGUGCUUUGAUCUUUCGGAUGUUCCGGUUCGUGAUCCGCCUGACAGUCCGCUAGCUCCGCAGUGGUACCGUCUCGAAGGGGGAGAUGAUCCUAAUGCAGCUGGAAAAGUUACUGGAGAUAUACAGCUUUCUGUUUGGAUCGGAACUCAGGCGGAUGAUGCGUUUCCAGAGUCGUGGAGCUCGGAUGCGCCUUAUGUUUCGCAUACCCGAUCAAAGGUUUAUCAAUCGCCGAAAUUGUGGUAUCUUAGAGUUACAGUAAUGGAAGCUCAAGACCUUGAAAUUGCCCCAAAUCUUCCGCCAUUGACGGCACCCGAUGUUAGAGUUAAAGCUCAGUUAGGGUUUCAGUCGGUACGGACAAGGAGAGGAGUGAUGAAUAACCGGACGUCCUCGUUUUACUGGCAUGAGGAUCUGGUGUUUGUCGCGGGUGAGCCGCUGGAAGACAGUUUGAUCUUACUGUUAGAGGACCGAACGGGGCCGGAUCCGGUGCUGCUCGGGCACGUCUUGAUCCCUGUGGCCGCGAUUGAGCAGCGAAUAGAUGAACGCCACGUGGCGUCGAGGUGGUUGCCGUUAGAGGGUGGUCCUGGGGGGUCUUAUUGUGGUAGAAUUCAUUUGAGAAUGUGUUUAGAGGGUGGGUAUCAUGUGCUGGAUGAGGCAGCGCACGUGUGUAGUGAUUUCCGACCGACUGCGACGCAGUUGUGGAAGCCGGCGAUUGGGAUUUUGGAGCUUGGAAUACUCGGUGCUCGUGGGCUGCUUCCGAUGAAGUCGCGUGGUGUGGGUAAAGGCUCCACCGAUCCUUAUUGUGUUGCGAAGUAUGGAAAGAAAUGGGUGCGAACGCGGACCGUUACCGACAGUUUUGAUCCACGGUGGAACGAGCAAUACACGUGGCAGGUCUAUGACCCGUGCACGGUCCUAACCAUUGGCGUGUUUGACAACUGGCGUAUGUUUGCUGACAUGGCGGAAGAAAAACCCGACUUCCGGAUAGGAAAAGUCCGAAUACGAGUAUCUACAUUAGAGAGUAACAAGGUAUACACAAAUUCAUACCCAUUAUUAGUUUUACAACGAACCGGGUUGAAAAAAAUGGGAGAAAUCGAGUUGGCGGUUCGGUUUGCCUGCCCGUCAUUGUUGCCUGACACAUGUGCGGUUUACGGUCAGCCUUUGCUUCCACGAAUGCACUAUUUGCGCCCACUUGGAGUGGCGCAACAAGAGGCAUUGCGUGGGGCCGCCACCAAAAUGGUGGCGGCUUGGCUAGCAAGGUCCGAGCCACCACUAGGUGCAGAAGUGGUUCGGUACAUGUUAGAUGCGGAUUCGCAUACAUGGAGCAUGAGAAAAAGUAAAGCAAACUGGUUCCGGAUUGUGGGUGUACUCGCGUGGGCAGUUGGGCUCGCUAAAUGGUUAGACAACAUUAGGAGGUGGAGGAACCCGGUAACUACGGUUCUAGUCCAUUUGCUAUAUUUGGUUCUUGUUUGGUACCCCGAUUUGAUCGUCCCAACCGCAUUUUUAUACGUGUGUUUGAUCGGAACAUGGUAUUAUAGAUUCAGACCAAAAUCACCAGCGGGUAUGGACAUCCGUUUAUCUCAAGCAGAAUCGGUUGACCCAGAGGAUUUGGACGAGGAAUUCGACACGUUUCCAAGUUCAAGACCGCCCGAGCUGAUCCGAGCCCGAUACGACAGGUUAAGAAUGUUGGCUGCUCGGGUCCAAACCGUGUUGGGUGACUUUGCAACACAAGGGGAGAGGGUCCAAGCCUUGGUGAGCUGGAGAGACCCAAGAGCUACUAAACUAUUCAUUGGGGUGUGUCUUAUGAUCACGGUUGUGCUAUACGUGGUGCCGCCCAAGAUGGCUGCGGUGGCUCUCGGUUUUUACUUCUUGCGCCACCCAAUGUUCAGGGAACCGAUGCCGCCGGCUAGCGUGAAUUUCUUUAGAAGGCUUCCAAGUUUAUCUGAUAGGCUAAUGUAGUGAUGAAAUACACAAUAAGAGUUGUUUUUAGAGUAAAUUUGGUCCACAUUGGGAUUUUUGAAUGUGUUGAGAGGGAAUAAUAAGUAGAAAUAUGAAAGUGUUAACUGAUGGUUUUGUCUUUGAAUGAAUUAAAAAACACAGAUUCACAA